AAAAAGAGUGUUGCGACAUAGACUUCUAAAGGACGCGGAAGUGACGCGUAUUGUGGGGCAACCGAUAGUUCCGUCACUGAGCCCCACUCAUUUCACUGUUUCCCAAAACACAAUCGCUGGUAAGAUGAUGGAAUUAUUGCAUUUAUUAUAUAUAUUUUUCAAACAUUUUAAGGCAUUAGCUGUCCUCUCAUGAAUCCAGUCAGUAAUGGCAGUUUGUGUAUCUAGCUUUAGUUAAUGUUUAUCAUUGGAUAAUAGUUAGAUUCUACUUGCAGUUAGCUAGCAUGAGCAACACUUCACUAGCUACCAUAACCAGAUCUCAGUUGGCCUACAUUUACCUCAAAUUAAUUUCACUUAUUGGCGUUUGUUAACAGACAAAGUAUAUAUUCAGUGAUUAGAUUUGUUGUUAAAGUUAGACUGUAUUAGUUUUAGCUCGGUGUACCUAAUAAACUGGCAGUUGGAAUUGCAGCCCAACUUUGAUUAGACUGGUGAAACAUUUAUAUGUGUAAAUAAAGAUUAUGAUGCGUGCAACCUCAAGAGAACAUUACAGUGUGCUUAUUGGACCAACAUCACUUAAGUAUUUGGAUGACAUUUAAUUUUACAUUAUCUAAAGAUAACAUCUUUUUUCUCUCUUUUAGGAGGAGAUAGAGAUGUGUAAAGCAAGAGAUAUCCCAAUAAUCAUUUAUGCAGUAAAUCUCAAAUUCCAGCUGUUGAACAGAUAGGAUUUUCUUAUUAUUAUUUCUUUCUUUUAUUUAUUUAAUACAGGCAAACAAUACAACAUAGCCACACACUUCAGGUCUGUUAUUAUAAGCAGGUAUUCUGCUGUUUAUAAAGGACAUUAAAAUUACAGGGACUCAUUAAUACUUUCCUCCCCCCCCCAUUUUUAUUUAAUUUUUUGCAUCCAAAUGCUGCACAGCCAACCAUUGUAAGACCCUGAUCUAUAAAAGUUAUUUAUUUAUUUGUUAUUUAUAACAUUAUAUUUAUUGGUUUUUGGCAACAUAGUCAUACAUACAAUAACCUUUAUAAACACUCCCCUACCCCACCCUCAACAUUGAACACAGGGAAAUAAAUAAAAAUAAUAAGAGAUACAGUAUUUUUUUUUUUUAUAUGUGCUGUUGUUUUAUUGAUCAAUUUUACUCACUCAGUAAUUAAUUUCACCCUAAUGAUGUUCCAGAAAUUGCAUAAAAGUGGCCUGCUUUCUGUCAUCUUUCUCCCUGUAGGAGGUAGAAAAAGUUUCUAUGAAGACUGCCCGUUCAAGGAAAAACUUAUCAACCCUGGAUAUAUUAUAUAAUAAAAUGUUUUGCUGAAUGCCAUUGUUUCCCUUGUUUAUUUUGCACUAUUGACCAAACUUCUUUCUUGGGUUAAAUUGAGCAGUUACUUGCACUCUUUGAUAUUCAGUUGUUGUGCAUGCUUAUGUAAAUAUCUUAACAUAAGAUAACAUUAGGAUGUCAGCAAUUAUGACCAUAGAAGCAAGAGAAAAUAUUAAUGCAUACAUACUGUAAAUGUAUUUACUUUAAAAUUGCUGCAAAGAUAGUCGCUGCUGCUGUCUGUCCCGAUUAAACCCAUUGAAACAGGUUGACAAAGCGGAUUUGUUUAGUGCUACUGAGAGCUACAUGAACCACGUGACUGCAUCGCGGCGAGAUCAAAGCGUGUCGUAACUCUUUAUCAACGACGCUGGCCUCAGGUAUUCAGAUAUUAUUUGUUUUGUUAGUGAUCUUUUAAAUUAUUUAUAUUAACAAUAUCAAUAGACCGUUAUUAAUUACAUUUAUUUAUUUUUGUUUACCAGAGAGAGAGUUAUGGUUGCCAGAUUGAACACUUACCAAAGACUCUUUUACUGACCAAUAAUAUACAUAUUAUAAUAAAUAUAAAUGUUUAUUUUGCUUGAUAUGCGUUUUAUUCAGCCCUUACACCAGUUCUCCAUAAGCUUUAGAUUCAGAGUUAGUCAGAACAGUGAUAGGAUGUAUGGUUACAUAUUUAACAUAGCCAGUUAAGCAAUUAAUUGUAUCAUUUAAAUGAAAUAAAGUCAAAUAAAAUAAUUAUUAAUUUUAAAUAGAAGAUGCUUUAUAAGAAAUAUCAAAGAACAUUAGGAAGCUCCACAGCUCUGUGUGGGUUUUAAAUCCAGGUUUUAUUCUCAAUUUUACUGAAACAUACAGAAGUCCAGAAAGGCCAUAAGUUAUUUAUAUUUCUGUACUGUUAUCCCAUGAUUAUAUUUCUCUUAUGAUCUCAAAAUAACAAAAUUUAUUUACUUAUUUUCAGGUGAUCUUGCAAUAACAAUGUAUUUUCUGAGCUCAUGCAGUACCACAGACAGACAGUCCUUAUUGGUUCUCAAGGGGAAUUUGGGGUAAAAUAAUCUGGAACGCCACACAGGCCCCCAAGAUAAGGAUCACACCCAGGACCCUGCAGCUGGAAGGUAGAACAACUACCACAGCUCCAGAUGUUCCAGCUGUUGUAUCAGUCGCUGAUUAAAGUAAAAUCAGAUGUGCUUAUCCAUAAUUGACUAUAGUAACAUUUAUAGGCCAGAAAAUCUAAUCCACUCUUGGGGCAACAGUAAAUAAUAGUGAAUUAGAGGCAAUCUGGCAACCUGAGUAAACACCAUAAUGGCGUCCAUCACAGACCUGAAGAGCGCCCUGAAGGAGACGUUGGAGGCACGCGGCGUGCUCACACAGCUCAGAGCGAGGAUAAGGGCGGAGGUGUUCAGGGCGUUAGAUGAUCCGAGUGAGCCACGCCCCUCACCCAGCAAAGAGACGCUGCUGAUUAAUGAGCUGAUCCGCGAGUACCUCAAGUUCCACGAGUAUCACCACACUGAGUCUGUACUCAUCGCAGAGUCAGGACAGCAGGAUAUUCCUCUGGACCGGACAUUUAUCGCCAGUGAACUGAACAUUGUAGAAGAGCCGAGCACCAGGACACUACCUCUGCUGUAUGGAGUCAUCUCUCACUUCCUGAAUGAAGAUGGAGCAUGAAAGAAAGACAGACAGAGCCGAGGAAGUCGCAUGACAACAGGAAGUCGCAUGACAACAGGAAAUCGUAUGACAACAGGAAGUUGCAUGACAACAGGAAGUCACAACACCAUUAAAUUAUUAUUGUUUACAUUCUGAAGUGAACCAAAACCUCCAUGAGUGUGUGACUCUCAGUGUUUAAAUGUGUUUACCUUUCUGUCCUUUUCUAAAAAUAAAAUCUUUUUUAUAAUCUUUUUUACUCUGUGUGUGUGUGUGUGUGUGUGUGUGUGUG